AUGGUCCAGACCAAUACCAACAGCCCCAGCACUUCCGUUGCCACUAAUACUGCUGGCGUUGCUCAGGCUGCCGACGGAACCAGGGGAGUUGGCACUCGAGAGGCAACCGCCAUUACUACUGCCACUACUGCUGCCACCGCAAUUACCCAAGACAUGAGAACCGCCAUUGCCACUAGGGCCGCUAUUUCCACUGAGAGGUGUAAGACGGCCGCCGGUAGAGCCAGAGAAGCCUUGCUCGCCGAGAGAUUGAGAGACUGGCUGAAUGAUGGCGAGGACAGAAGAUGA